AUGACCCCAUCCAACGCUGGGGCCACCGGAUCAUUUGCAUCCAUGGAAGACCCCUUUGUUGCGAAUUCUGGAAGGCCAGCCAUGUCUCGCGACUCUCACCGACACUCAUCCUUUGAUACACAGCUAUACAGCCUAAAUGCGUCUUCACCAGCACAGGCCAAACGGGCGCUCGAGGCCCACUUGGCGGAGACGGAGCGUCGACUGGAGGAAGCUUCAAGGCUUGGAACCGCCCUUAUCGAUCAGCAGAGGCAGAUAUCAGAUCAGUUGAAGGAGGUCGAACAGCAGCAAAAUGAGGGAGAGAUGAGCCCGGAACUGCGACGUAAGCUUUCUGAUUUGGAGAAGGAGUAUAACGAGAUUGGCCGUGAAUCGGCACGUGCAUUUUUGGCACCCAAACGUCUUGCUGGAGGCCCGGACGAUGCUCAGCUGGGGAGUCCAUCUUUUGAUCAAAAGUCACCCCUAAGUCCCGCUUUGUUCGCCAGUCAAUCCACAAAUUCCCCCAGCAAAGUCAGCGUUCCAUCUCGCAAGCAGCGCAACCAACCAUCAAACCGUGUCCACGAUAUCGAAUUUGCGACUGAGAUCUCUACCUCACUUUUGGCCCAGGUCCGCCAACUGCAAGCUCUUCUUGCAGAACGGGAUGAGACACUCAAGUUUGUCAAUCUGGAAAAAUCGCGACUUGAAUUGGAGGCAGAGGGGUAUGAACAAAGAAUCCGGGCGCUCGAUGACAGCGAGCAACGCUACAAGGACGAGAACUGGGCGCUAGAGACUCAGGCACAUGAGUUGAUGGCAGCUGCGAGGGAUGCCGCGGAACGUGAACAACGGCUCAACGGCACCAUAACACAGUCAAACUCGGAAAAGAACGCUGUGGAACGAGAGCUGGAGGAGCUAAGACAAGCCAAUGCGAGGUUACUUGAGGACCAGAGCCUCACGCAGAAGGCAAAUGACGCUGAAAUCCACCUAUUGCGGCGGAAUCUAGUUUCCGGCGAUGCAGAGAAGUCCGCACUUCAAAAGAAGCUGCUGGAAAUGACUUCUCAAAAUCAGGAACUCGCCAAGGCAGUUGCCAUGAGGCUCCGGGACCAUGAAAACCAAGCCUUGAGGGAUAUUUCCUAUGACAACGAGGACAACGAGCCUGAGCAUAUCACACCUGAAAGUUCCCCGCCACCAUCCCCCAACAAGUUCACUCCUCGACACGGCCACCUUGAAUCGGAAACCUUGAAGAGCUCGCUCGGUCAUGCUCAUCGCAUGAUCCAGAACCUUAAGAGCACAAUUCACCGUGAGAAGACCGAGAAGAUGGAGCUCAAGCGCAUGCUGCAAGAUGCUCGGGAUGAGGUUGAACAACGUCGCCGUGAGAGCACUGUGCCAAACGGAACUAGCAAACGCCAGAAGACAAAGACGGAUUCGUCCCGAAAGCCUCCCCGCCCAGAGCUUCUUGGCGCAGGCCGCAAAGAGACAUCCUUUGUUGAGCUUCAUGACACCGAUUGGGAAGACAAUGCCGGCCAAGUCAGUCCUACUCAGACCCAGACUAAGGCGAUAUCCACCAGAGGCCGCCCUCGCUCGGUAUCUCCCGAUACACCUAGCGACGUCUACCAGACAGCUACCGAGGCCGAGGAUGGAUUUGAAACAGCGAAUGAGCGGGCAACCGCAACCGAGAGCGAAGAAUUCCAGACCGGCUUGGAAAGCAUGGCGGAUGAUAGCAGCGAUUCAGCAGAUCUUACCGAGACGGAAAACAACGUACAGACAACUCCUCGUAGGGGUGUGCCUUCUUCUCUGAUCAUAGCCAAACCUCGCGAUCGCACCUCGUAUCACAGCACUGCCUCGGCAUCUUCCGAUGAGGAAGAAUAUGAUAGAGCCUUCGGUUCACCAAGCCAAAUGCAUAUCUCUCGGUCCCGUGUUAGAUCCAAACGCAGCAUCUCUAGACGCAUCCGCCCAUCUGGAGAGGCCACAUUCGCAUCUACUAGUCGACCCUCGAGUUCACGCGAAUCCGUAGCACCCAGCUUUGCUCCAGCUGCAGCAGCUCAAGAAGGCCAGAGCCUCUUUGCUGAACUUGCAGAGCUUGACAGUGCCGAGGACGAUGAAGUAACCUCCCAGGCUUCGACACCGCGCAUGGAACCUGCAUCGGGUUCACGAAGACCCUCGGAUGCAAUGCUGGAUGCACCACCUAAGCCCGCAAUGGUGGAUUCUGGUGUUAUGACCGAACCUUGGGAGCCUACGCCUUCUAUCAGCGCUGGCAUUGUUGCUGGAGCUGCCGGUCUCGCUGCAGGAGCUGUUCUGCCGCAUGCCCUUGCUGCGCCCCAGGAAACUCAAACAGCAGACCGGGGGAUCAUUGAGGAAACAAAGGAAACUUCUCAGGACAAUGUCCAUGCCCAAUUUGAUCUACCAGAGAUGGGCAUGGCGGAUGUUUCCUCGCAAGAGACUACGCCUUCCGCACCUAAGCGACCUGAUCUGAGUGUUUCAUACAUCAACGGGGGUACCACUACACCCGUGAAGCAUGAGCUGCCCGCACCGGAAGUGCCGGAGAUGACGAUAUCUUCGAUUUCAUCACAAACCACUCAUCCCACUCAACCAACGGUUGCCGUACCUGAGCCAAUCAUCAAGCAUGUUGAUGUUAUCAAAUACGUGGAACGGGAGCCGGAGGUGCCCGAGCUGACCUUCUCCCCCAUCACCACUCAAUCAACUUCCCCUGUCCACGCAACACUUGCUGUGCCAGAGCCUGUCAUCAAGUACGUUGAUGUGAUCAAGCACGUUGAGCGUGAACGUGAAGUGCAAGAGUUGGGCGUCUCGUCUGUCGCCGCUCAGUCGACAACACCUGUCCAGGCAAUCCAGGCAACUGUUCCUGAACCAGAACCUGUCAUCAAAUACGUCGACGUAAUUAAACACGUCGAACGCGAGCGCGAGUUCCCCGAGUUGACAUUCUCUUCCUUCGAUAAUCAUUCCACUGUUCCUGUCCAGGCAACGCUUGCUGUGCCGGAACCUGUCGUCAAGUACGUUGAUGUGAUCAAGCACGUCGAGCGUGAGCGCGAGCUGCCUAAGUUGAGCUUCUCUUCUAUCACUACUCAAACAACCUCUCCUGUCCACGCAACACUUGCCGUGCCGGAGCCUAUCAUUAAGUACGUUGAUGUGAUUAAGCACGUCGAGCGCGAGGUUGAUGUGCCCGAAUUGAGCUUCUCUUCUAUCACCACUCAAACCACCGAGCCAGUCAAAGCAACCGUUCCUGAACCACUGCCGCCUGUUAUCCAGUACGUUGAUGUCAUCAAGCACAUUGAACGUGAGCGUGAAGUGCCAGAGUCAAGCUUCUCCACUAUCACCACUCAAUUCACCGCCCCUGUACAGGCAGUUAUCGCCAAACCAGAGCCUGUUAUUCAAUACGUUGACGUGAUCAAGCACGUUGAGCGCGAGCGCGAGCUUCCCGACUUGACGUUCUCUUCUAUCAGCAACCAGUCCACCACCCCUGUGCAGGCAGUUAUCGCCAAACCAGAGCCUGUCAUUCAAUACGUUGAUGUUAUCAAGCACGUCGAGCGUGAGCGUGAGGUGCCCGAAUUGACUUACUCUUCGAUCACCACUCAAUCCACUACGCCAGUUCAAGCAACUGUUCCUGAGCCGGCACCACCUGUUAUUCAAUACGUUGAUGUUAUCAAGCACGUUGAACGUGAGCGUGAGGUGCCGGCUUUGACAAUUUCUUGCCUCGAUCCCGCAUACACUGAGCCUAUUAUUCCAAGGCCUCGCCUUGCUCCUACGCCGGCAUUGUCAUUCUCCUCUGUGCGCUCUGUGGAAACUCAUCCAGUUAAGUCUAUGCCAUUUGUCAUCCCUGCGGUGGCAGACUUCUCUACCCAAACCGAGCCGACAGAGUCAAAGGCUGCAGGGGCCGCUGUGAUUGUUCACGAAGACCACCCUACUGGCGCUACUCGCAGCCGCACCAGCACAAUUAACAGUGAUCAGCUCGUUGGUGCUGGAUUGGCCUUGAAUGAUAUCUCUGGCAACGCCCUUGCUCCCUCUGCUAGACAGCAACCCAGUUCAGUGAGCAUGGACCAAGGAUCUCAGACUAUCCUGUCCUCUCAACAGAUAGAUCAAAUCCUUAUGGACCGUGUGUCCGCACGCCCACUAUCUGCCGACAGCCAGGUGACGGACAACUCACGAGAUAUUGCCGCAGCCCCUUACGUGACACCCAAGGCUCCGACGCGGCCUCGCCUAUCACAAAUUCAAUCUGCGAAGUCAACAACACCGAACUCCCGUCGGCCUCCUAGUGCCGCUAGUCAUACAUCUGGUGCUAGUCAUCCCCCACUGCCUCUCAAUCACCAGGAAGCUAUCAUGGCAGCCGAGAAGAAGUCCAUCGACAUCGCUCCGCCAUCUCCUAGCUCUGUCAUGGGCCCUCCUCUGGCGCCUGCCUCGGCCUAUCGCAUCAAUUCCCAGCGCCCACUUACGCCAAACGAACAAGCUGCGCGGGCCAGCUCUACAAGAACUGGUUCAUCUCAGGCCAGAGUGAGGAGAGGGAGUCAAAGCCAGAUGUCUCGACGAUCCUCGGUCUCGUCUUUCGCGUCUGAGCUCGAGGAGCGUUUCAAUAUGGCCCCUCACACUAGCGCCAUGCCCCAGGGCUAUGGACCUAAUACGGAUCCGCGCAUGAUCCAGGCCAUUACCCAAACCAUGAUUGGUGAAUUCCUCUGGAAAUACACCCGCAAGACUGGCUCAUCGGAUAUGUCCACAACACGGCACCGACGAUACUUCUGGGUUCACCCGUACACCCGUACUCUGUACUGGAGUACACAAGACCCCCAAACCGCCGGAAAAAGUGAACUCCGUACCAAGAGUGUGCCUAUCGAGGCUGUUCGAGUGGUUGCCGACGACAACCCGUAUCCUCCAGGUCUUCACUGCAGGAGCUUGGAGGUUGUCAGUCCUGGCCGACGAGUUCGGUUUACGGCUACGACGAGCCAGAGGCACGAGACAUGGUUCAACGCAUUGUCUUAUCUCCUUUUAAGAGAGACCAACGAAAGCUGCGAGGAUGGUAACAGCGUAAUCCUCGAUGAUAUCAACGAGUUCAACCCCCCUAGCGUCCGAUCUGGUUCUCGUAAUACAGCACGAAUGUCGUUCUCAUCUUACAAUAGCCGCACCGCUCGUACCGCCCACAAGCAACAGCGGCGAGCGGCUUCGGCGAUGUCCAUGCGAUCUUCCGGGACCCUCGGUGGGCGUGCAUCGCCGGCUCUCAGCUCACCUGUAGCAAAACCAAGCUCGUCGUUGCAAGUUCCCGAUGAGCGCCAACGUUCUUCAUCAAGACUCAGCACCAUCUCCAGUUCGAUUCGGGGGUCCAUUGCAAGCUUGAAGGGACGGAAUGGUCAAUCUCCUAGCAUCAACACUGAAAGUCUUCAUGACCAAGAGAGUGUCGAUGAUCUGAGACAAAUGGCCGAAACCCAUGAUCAAGACCGGCUUGAAAAUGUCCGCGCCUGUUGCGACGGAAAACACGAUGUUGGAUCUCUUUCCCGCACCAGUCGGUACAGUCCGAGGGUCAACCGCAUCCACUCACCCCACCAUCACUGA